GUCAACCUCACACCGCAACUUCCUGUCCAGCUCCGCAUUUGUAGCCCUAUUCCAUGCAUUUGAGUUGCAACGAACGUCGUAACUCCAGCUACUACAUCUAACCUCACAUCCACCGUUGAUUCCAGCCGUAUCCAUUGUGUUCCAACUACCCAACCCCGCUCCAAUCAACCCGCAAAAUGACCAAACACCUCACAAUAGCCCUCAUCUACGAAGAACCCUCCGACUACCACAAUCAUGGGCACAGCCCCGCCGCCAUCGCUCACCUAGAAGUCGGCGCCGCCGCUCCUGCCAUCGCCGCCGCCCUGCAGUCCCGCGGCCACACCGUGCUCCGCAUUCCCAGUAUCCACGCGCUGGUCGCCCGCCUCGCCACGCACGAAGCGCAGAGCUGGGACCUGGCCUUUGACAUUACGGAAGGGGUGUACGGCCCCGCGCGGGAGGCGCAGGUGGCAGCCAUGCUGGAGGCGUACCAAGUGCCACGCACAUUCUCGGACGCGGCGACCAUGGCGCUGUGCUUAGACAAGGGACGCACGAAGAUGGUGCUGGAGCAUUUCGGGGUUCCGACAGCGCCGUUCGCGGUGGUGCACUUCGACGAAGCCGACCCUCAGAGGGAGCUGACGGAAGAAGAGAUCGUGAGCAUGAUGCACGCCUCGAGACAUGCGAAGACACUCCUCGCAAACUACCCCUUAUUUGCUAAGCCAUUGGCGGAGGGGUCGUCAAAGGGAAUCGCUGUGGCUAAUAAGAUCUUGUCGGCGGAGCAGUUGGCGCCCGUGGUGAAUGCCCUUCGCGCGUCCAGUCCCUCGUCCUUAGGAGUUAUGGUCGAAAUGUAUCUUCCCGGGCGGGAAUUCACGGUCGGCAUUGCAGGAACAGGCGCCGAUGCCUGGGUGGUUGGCGUGGACGAGAUCGUUUGGCGCAAGGACGCGUCAGCGAAACCUGCAAUUCACUUCACGACGGAAAAGUCCAAGUCUUCGGACGAUUGGAAUGGAGAGGCGGAUGAGAUCAAGGUCUCUCGUGAAGACAAAGAGGCGGACUUGGCAUGUCACACUGCUUUACGGGCUUGGAGGGCUUUGCGAUGUCGCGAUGGAGGCAGGGUGGAUGUCCGCAUGGACGCGUCGGGAAUCGCUCAUAUCAUGGAGAUCAAUCCGCUGGCCGGGUUGCUCCCUCGCUGGUCUCAAUUGCCGCUGAUUGCGGAGCAUAAUGGUGUUACGUACGAUGAGUUGAUCAACCAUGUGGUGCAGAGUGCACUCGAGCGGAGGUCACCAAAGACGGUGUGAAGAUGUAGACAGCAGUCAUAGCAGGCAGUCAAGUAUACACAAGAUCCAAAAGCAUCUUAGACAGCCACAACUCGACCAUCAUGAGCCAAAUGCUCAAUAAUCAGCCCU